AUGCUGCGGAGUCCGACACGCCAUCUCAUCAUGCCCCUCAUAAGGGUUCCCGUGCGAACAAAAAAGUAUUUUCGCAACUGGCGGCGACCCUACUCCCUGAAUGACUACUUCAAUUUGAGCCAGACCAAGCCUGACGUCUAUCAGCAGUGGGAGGCCGAAUGGAAAGCCGCGCCGCAUCUCCCGCGUGUGCUCAAGGCUUUCGACAUCAAUCGCCUGCCCCACAGUCUCGUCUCGCGUGCAAAGUCCCAAUGCCUACCGGUGGGGACGGGCCGCGAACGACUGCCUGGCUAUCAGCGACGUCUCUUUGGUAUUUACGGGUUGGCCAGUGGUGUGGACCCAGGGCAGCUGCUGGACUCCUACGAAUGUAUCGCCCGCGAGAGGGAAAUCAAGGAGCAUCUGGAACCGGACAUCGCUACCUUUAAGGCUGAAGUAGCCCGACGCAGACAGGAAGAGGCACGGAAAACGGAGGAGAGGUGAGUGCCUUGUGUGUUCACAGAGAGAGAGUCGCUGAGGCGUAGAGUCCAAAGCCUCGUUCUAGUCACCGAGUCACCGAGGAUAGUUUCAUUUAGACCCCAUCCUUGCCUGUACAAACUUAUAUGCCUAUUGUAGGCCUUUUUUCAAAGGUUCUUGAGAACUACCAGUGGAAGGGAGUUCUUAACCCCAUCCGAACUGUUUGUUGGAGGCUGUCUUCUCAUUUGUUCUGGCUUGCCGGGACUGGCGUAACUCAUGCAAUGUUAACUGAAAUCCUUAAAUGUCCUUUCGGUCAGAGCAUCAAAAUCCCAAGAUACUUCAGUCGCACGAGGGCGCCGGCUUUUGCAUUGUGCGUCGCCGCUCGUCUGCAAAAAUCGUGGUUAUUAAAAAGGGCUGAUUAGGUAGUAUUUAUUCUUUCACCGAUUUCCGAUGCUCCUGUAAUUCCGGACGUUUUUUAUAGAAAGCAUGACCAAAACAUCCUUUCUUGUUGGGAAUCGCACAUUUUUUAAGUUGUUUACUUAAAGAAGGGUAGCUUUCAGUUUAAAAACGCCUACGAUUGUGAGGUUUUUAAGACCAAAAAAGUUUAUUCAGGUAGCUUCUUACUCGUCCUUUAUUCAUGCUUCUUUUAAAGUAUACAACAUGGCCCAUUGCAAAAUAUUAUAAGCCCUAUAUAACGUGUUUGUAAUAGCAUAGAACAAUGCAUGAUUUCACUCCGUAUGAAAAGUCUGCAGCUUGUAGUUUGGAAAUCCCAGAUAUAAGUGCAACGGCAAGUCGGGUUAAAAAUUAUUCGGAAUCGGAAAUUUUUAAAACUGGAACGAACACCUUUGUGUGGAAAAUCGAAAGAGACAUAAUUGCCUACAAAAUAAACGCAAGAAAAGACAUUUUGCGAAUGUUUUCUACGAAGUCUGCUUUUCGAUGUUCUUAUGAAUCUGAACGGCAAAAAAUGCAUGCUACUUAAGCGGCCCUUUUUUUUAGCGAGUAAGGUUUUCGCAGGCGAGCAGAAGGAUGUGCAAUUCAAAUGCCGACGCCCUCGUGUUACUUAAAUAUCCUGGCAUUUUGUUGCAUGAUAAUCAAACCUACAAGUCAAUCUAAGCAAACGUUUCUAACCGAAAUCACGCCUUGGCGUUCCGGUUAACAUUCCAUGAGUUACACCACAUAUCGAGUAGAAUUAUGCCAGUGAUGCCAUCGGGCUCUGUUUUAUUUUAUAGGGUUGCCAGCAUACUAAGAGAUAAUGGUAGAAAGGAUGCUCACCGAUUGCUCUACGGAACUCACUCGCCCUGUUGUGCCUUAUGGCUCUCUCUCUCGAGCCCCACCAGUAGCCGCACUGCGGGCGUAAUAUAGGCAGAAUAGCAUUACCUACCUCUGAAAGUUUCUUGUUUCGAGUUACUUGUUUCCCAAGGCUUCUCCCCACCCACCUAUCAUGUCGAAAAUGGAAGAUGCUUUAGUUCAGUAGUUCAGUAUAUUUAAGGGUAGUAGACAAUGCUUAUGAAGGCUAUUGGGACCGGUAACGCGCAGUAUUCAAAUUCAAAUGCACAUGCUACUGACAUUUUACCAGUAACAUACAAUAAGCAAAUAUUUUAUACUUGUGGACUGACAUCUGGGUACCUUCAAUCGUAGAGGAUAAUGUUAAAUAUGAAGUAACAAUCAUUCACAUUCCCCCAGCACUACUCAAGACUAUUAUGCUAUCGUAAUUUAUGUAAUUCUUCUUCAGGAUACGCCGGAUUUCUGCCAACUUAGAGCGACUGCCCGCAAUGCUGGAGAAGUACGAGGCAACACAGGCCAAAAAGGCGGCCGCUACGCAGGCCCUGCAGGCUAAAAAGAGAGAACUCCUGGAACAAGUGGGUUUUACUCUUCUUGUUGACCUUAACUCCUCAUAAUCUCUUUUAGGCCCGUGAUCGGUUCGGUUACUAUGUAGAUACUCGUGACCCCAAAUUCCUCCGGAUGGUUGAAGAGAAGGAAGCCCAAGCGAAACUCGAAAAAAAGGCUGCCAAAAAGAAGUAG